AGUCAGUUAACUUGAAUUUCAUUUUAGUACCUAAUUGACAAGAACAAAUUCUAUCGUUCGUAGUUCGUACAAUUGGCGAAUACCGGAAUAUAAUAAUAAGAUAAAUGGGAUAAUAUGAAUGUAACGCGAGAGCAACUGUGGGCAGGAAUAAACCUGUUUUCCGAAUCACGCGAACUAUUGUUUACAUACGAUAUUCUGCUGGAUUAACGACACUCUUAGUCUAACGUCUGAAUCGGCCAAUUUAUUAUUGUUUUUGCGAUCGGGGGGCCAGUAAAAGCAUCAUCACUAGCAGCAACAGGAGACACGCGCGGCGAUUCUAGUAACAGUCCAGUGCAAUCAGCCGUAUACGCACAGUCAACAGACCGAUCACUUUCGGGAAACAUCGUUCAGGGACAAUUAAUUACCGACUAUUCAGCGAAUUCAAAAGCACUUAUAAGAACAAUGAUUGUACCACUUACCGAUGUUCAGCUGAAAGAGAUUCAAAACUUUUGUCCAAGAUCAAAGGUCGAAAUUGAUCAAGAUGUAGACAUCGUAAGACACUGGUUGAAUAAACAACCACAUCUACCCAAAACAAGCGAUGAAUUCAUAAAAAAAGUUUUAUUUAGCUUAAAAUAUCGCACGGAAAAAGUCAAAACUGUGAUUGAUAAUUACUAUACUGUUAAAGAAUUAUUUCCUCAAAUUUAUGGAGACCUAGAUCCAACAUCAGAAACUUUUCGAAAACACGUAGAAGCUGUUUACAUGUUUCCAUUGCCUAAACUCACGGCGGACUUCCACAGAGUGCUCUGCUACCGAAUGGCGACAACAAAUGCGAAAGAGUUUUGUCCUGAUAGUCAAUUGAAACGCAAUGAAAUGAUGUGGAAUUGGUUGUUCGAUGAAGACGAAUUGACAUUAGGAGAUAUUUGGAUAUUCGAUUUAACAAACAUGGAGUCCAUGGCUCAAUGGGCGCACUUCAAUCUCAGUUUUAUGAAAAAAAUUCUUAAAAUAAAUAUGGAAGCAAAACCAGUGAGGAUCAAGCGAGUUCAUUUUGUAAACAUAGCACCAAUAGCUGAAACCUCGCUUAAUUUUAUAAAACACUUUUUCCCGCAAAAAUACAAGGAUAGAAUCUUAUUUAAUGCAACUUUCGAAAGUCUACAAGUCCUAUACCCAAUUGAUAUGUUUCCAAACGAAUGGGGUGGUAAAGCUGGAAAUAUGGCUGAACUAAGUCAAAGAAUGCACGAAGAACUAAUAAAACGUAGAAGUUGGUGCAUUGCAAUGGAAGGAAUGAAAGCCGAUUCUAGUAAGCGAAUCGGUCAAUCUAAGACAGCUGAUAAGUCAAUUCUGGGCGUAGAAGGAAACUUCAAGAAACUUUGUUUCGAUUAAACACGACGAGAUGAUAACUAUUACCUACACGAUUUUAUAUAUAUAAUAGGUACAGUGUACAUUAUGUUAAAAAUCUAAAUUUUAGUAUUGUAAUUAUAUUUGUACAUGUGGUUUAUGGUUAGAAAAUCGGUGAUCUAAAUACAAUAACAAUGUAUAAUAAUUUA